AUGUUUUCACACCUAUCCACGAAGAAGCAGACCACCACAUCGACUACAAAGACCUACACAGCCAAAGUAGUUCUUCCAACGAUGUCGCCUUGGUCGUCACAAUCUUCACUUCAAACCUCAUCAUCAGGGAAGUCCUACACCAAGGUACCCUUAGGACCGGCUCAGAUGCUCGACGACGACAACGUAUCCUGGGGUCCACCAUCGAAAAAGCAAUAA